AGAAAAACUCACCAUGAUACACGAUGCAACUUUGUUGAGUGAGAAGAAGUUGCAUACAACUUCAAAUAAUACAUAUGUAUGAUGACCAUGCAGCAAAAGUUUCAUAAAAGAGAAAGCAUUGCGUGUAACAUGUUGUGUGAACCUAUCAUACCCAUACAUUUGAAGUUGCAUGCAACUUUGUCUCAUGCAACAAAGUUGUAUUUAAAGUGUGCAGCCACUAUACAAUGUAAUGUGCUGUUCCAACUUGUUCCACUGUAACAAACAGUUCUGGAGUUCAAGCAGCGACAGCCUGAGGUGGAGCGAAGCCAGGUCAUCACCUCUCUUCGUAUCGGAGAAGGCGGCCAUGCCACUACAUGGAAGGGUUCGUGGAGUGGACACACUGUGGCCGUGAGGAGACUCAAGAUAAAGGGAGAUGUCUACCGCACCGGUCUACUGGAGAGCUUCCCCAUCGAAUACAUGAAACUGAGGGUGUUCAGUAAUGAGAACAUUCUCCCACUGCUGGCUGUCAUUACAUCUCCAGAGAUCCAUACCAUCAGUAUGUUUAUGAGACUUGGCUCUCUCUACCACGUCCUACAUGACCUCGACAGUGAGGUGAAGAUCAACAUCGGGGAGGGGGUCAAGUUUGCCCAGGACAUAUGCAACGGGAUGACCUACCUCCACUCAAUGGACACUCUCAUCAAUAGAUUUGACCUCAGCCCUCACCACGUCUUUGUUGAUGAAGACAUGACGGCAAAGCUGGAUCUGUGCCACACGCGGUUCUCCUUCAUGGAGAAUGAGCUGGUCUACGUCCCCAACUGGAUGGCCCCUGAAGCACUGCAACAUCGACCCGAGGACAUUGACAAGAGGGCAGCUGACAUGUACAGUUUUGCCGUCAUUCUCUGGGAGAUUGCCACCAACAAAAUCCCAUUUGUUGGCCUCUCUCCAAUGAACAUUGGCAUCAAGGUGGCAAAGGAGCUAGCGCGACCGGUGAUCCCCAGCACCAUCAACCACCAUCUCCAGAGGAUCAUUGACAUCUGCUGGAACGCUGACCCCAACAAGAGAUCUCAGUUCAAGAAUAUCAAACCCAUCAUUGACAAACUGGAAGUCUAGUGGCAGU